GGACAGCUUGGUACUCCCAUCGUUUAGAGAAAAAGCAGGAUUCAAAAUACAAGCUAAAUCCCCGACAUGGACAAGAACGACCUGGUACAGAAGGCUAAGCUGGCCGAGCAGGCCGAACGCUAUGACGACAUGGCGGCGGCGAUGAAAGCGGUGACGGAGCAGGGCGGCGAGCUCUCCAACGAGGAGCGCAACCUGCUGUCGGUGGCCUACAAGAAUGUCGUGGGGGCGCGUCGCUCCUCCUGGCGCGUCAUCUCCAGCAUCGAGCAGAAGACCGAAGGCAACGAGAAGAAGCAGCAGAUGGCCCGUGAAUACCGCGAGAAGAUUGAGGCCGAGCUGCAGGACAUCUGCAAGGAUGUGCUGGCACUCCUCGACAAUUACCUCAUUGCCAAUGCGACUCAGGCAGAAAGCAAGGUGUUCUACCUUAAAAUGAAAGGUGACUACUACAGAUAUCUGUCCGAGGUGGCAUCUGGAGACUCAAAAAAGACCACAGUGGAGAACUCCCAGCAGGCCUACCAGGAGGCAUUUGACAUCAGCAAGAAGGACAUGCAGCCGACACACCCCAUCAGGCUGGGCCUCGCUCUCAACUUUUCCGUCUUCUAUUACGAGAUCCUCAACUCCCCCGAGCAAGCCUGCAGUUUGGCGAAGGCGGCUUUCGAUGAAGCGAUCGCCGAACUUGACACCUUGAACGAGGACUCUUACAAAGACAGCACCUUGAUCAUGCAGCUACUAAGGGACAAUCUCACUCUGUGGACAUCAGAAAACCAGGGUGACGAGGGGGAUGCCGGCGAAGGGGAGAACUAAAGGCGUUGCACAUCACUGUUAAUCCACCCACACUCUUCUUUCUCUUAUUUUACACAUAUACAGCCCAUACAUCCCUGCUCCAUCCAGCCCCCUCCCUUUCUGUAUGACAAGCAGCAUGAAUUGUACCUGACCUACCAGUUGUGCCCUUUCUCAGAUAUGCUCAGUUGUUAACAAGCAGAGUAUUGUUUUGUGAGGAUAAAAGAAAAAGAAAUUUACCCGGUUGAGUGGCAAGGCCAUUCACCCCCCCUUCCCCUUUUGAUUCUCUCCUAACAUUUCAUAAAGAUAUGUUCUUUCACCUAGCAAGAUAUGCAUUUUAGUAUCCUUUUUUGCUUUGCUAGUGUACUGGCGAUUGCUGGUUUUUAUUCAAAAAGGUCAUUAAACUGUCCGUUUAUUUUCAAC